CGGAGGGGGCGGCGCGGCCGAGCCCGUGCCCGGCUCGGCGCUGGCGCUGGAGCCGCUCCGCAGCCACGGACACACCGCAGCGCCGAUCCCGCCGGGGAAAUCGGCUCCCGUCCCGUUCCCCCGCGGCUGGGAGCCGAGGCCCUCCCUCCGUUCCCGGUCCUCCGGCAGGCUGAGGGGACGGGGAGCCCGGUCCGUCCCGCGGCGGAAGGGCUGAGGGGGCAGCAGAGCCCCCUUGCCCCCGCUUCCCUCCUCGUGCUUUUCCACCGCAGGGAGAGAGCUUCCCUGUCCUAACCCGUGCCCUGCAGGAAGCGGGAUCCCCCUGCCCUCACCCCUGCCCUUUGCUCCGCCGAGCGGAGGGUGGUGGGGCUGGACCUUCCGCGAGCCCUCGGGCCUGUGCAGCUGCGGGCAUGGCUGUCCGUGGGGUCGGGAGCUCCCUGCUGCUGAUGUCCGGCGUGGUGGUGGCCGUGGGGCUGUGCCGGAGGCUGGCCCGGCGCCGGCUGCGCUCCCGCCCGCUCCUCUUCGCUUUCCUUGUGGAGAUGUUCAGCACCUUCCAGAUCUGCGCCUGCACGAACGAGCUCAGCCUGCUCGGCAACGUGGAGCCGAAGCCGCACACCGCCCUCACCCUCACCUACGGCUUCACCGUCCUGCACGGCCUGAGCCUGGCCGGCAGCACAUGCAAUCCCUGCGGGACCCUGCAGCCCAUGUGGGGCGGCGGGACAUCGCUCACCAUGGGGGGACUCAAGAUCGCCGCUCAGUUCGUGGCUGCAGUGCUCGCCAGAGUGUUCAUGCACUUUAUCUGGAGUCUGGAGAUGGCAGAGCCACAUCUUGGAGCACUCUCACAGGGCUGCAGCGGCCCCAUGCAGACUACAGAGAUGCAGGCGUUCUGCAUAGAACUGCUCUUUUCUGUCGUUUUCCAGCUGGCCGUCCUGCAAGCCGAAAGCGUUAACCCCAAGUACAGAGUCCAUUUAAUUGCUCUUCUCAUCACCAUGCUCGUGUAUGCAGGUGGAAAUCUCACAGGAGCAAUAUUUAACCCAGCACUGGCGUUUUCAUUACAUGCAGAUUGUUUCUAUGACAAAUUUUUGAGUUACUCUCUAGUAUAUUGGCUAGCACCAUGCUUAGGUACAAUACUUGUGGUUUUUAUAUGGGAUGAAAUCUUUCCUCGGAAAUCCCGACACAUCAAAUCCUGAAAUUUGGGAGCACUACAUUAAAAAAUAUUUCCAACAUCUGCAGACAUAAAGCUUUCAGAGAACUGUUGACAGA